UACGGUGGAGCGCGCAGACAAUAGAGCAACACACGGGACUCGAGCUGUCACCGGCACCGCGCUCCGGUUCUCUCUCCACGGUCGUAAUUUGGCCCACGGUUACAGUCAGCCAGUCAGUCAGUCAGUCAGUAAGACAGCCAGUCAGUCAGGGCUCCCUCGUGUCCAAUCUGCACGGCGCUUUUUUUUUAAGGAGAAAACAGAAACAAGCCGUUUAAUUUUCGCCUCCGACUGCUCCUCUCCAUCCCCUGCAGCAUCCGUCACGGAGGUCCCGCAAGGUGACAGCUGCUCUGCUCCUCUACCUGCACACGGAGAGGAAGAAGAGUCUGUCCUCCCCCCGACCUGACAGACUCCUGACCACGCCCCCUGGUGCUAUAGCCCCGCCCCUCUGGAAGGAUGAGUUCCGCCCCCCACUGCCCCCACCCGUACCCCAACCCGCAGCCCCCUGGGGGGGGGGACCUGCUGGAGGAGCUGCAUCUCAUCGCCGCCCACAACCUGGAGACCCUGGAGGUGGGGCGCUUCUACGAGGUCCUGAGGCAGCUGGGGAAGGGGACCUACGGCAAGGUGGACCUGGUGGUGCACCGAGUCCGAGGCACCAAGAUGGCACUGAAGCUGCUCCGUAAGAAGACGACCAAGCUGAAGUCCUUCCUGCGGGAGUACAGUGCCUCGCUCUUCCUCUCGCCCUGCCCCUUCAUCAUCAGUACGCUGGGCGUCGCCUUCCAGACCGACGACCACUACGUCUUCGCCCAGGAGUUCGCUCCAGCCGGGGACCUCUUCGACAUCAUCCCCCCGCAGGUGGGGCUACCGGAGGGCGUGGCCAAGCGCUGUGUGCACCAGGUGGCGAUGGCGCUGGACUACCUCCACGGCCGCCGGCUGGUGCACCGCGACAUCAAGCCCGAAAACGUGCUCAUCUUUGACCGCGAGUGCCGCAAGGUCAAGCUGUCGGAUUUCGGCAUGACGCGGCGCGCUGGCUCCCCGGUGAAGCGCGUGACGGGCACUAUCCCGUACACGGCGCCCGAGCUGUGCGGCGACGCGGCCGCCCCGCCCGACGCGGCGCUCGGCGUGGAGUACAGCACCGACGUGUGGGCCUUCGGCGUGCUGCUCUUCUGCAUGCUCACCGGGAACUUCCCCUGGGAGAAGGCGCUGCCCGCUGACGUCUUCUACGACGAGUUCUCCCGCUGGCAGCGGCGGCGGGGCGGGGCUGGCGGCGUGCCGUCCCAGUGGCGCCGCUUCUCCGACCCCGCCCUGCGCAUGUUCCGCCGACUGCUGGCCGCCGAGCGAGACCGCCGCUGCUCUGUCAAGGAGGUGUUCAGCCACUUCAACCACGCCUGGAUGCUGGAAGCCAGCCCCGCCCCCAUAGGGGGCGGCCCCGGGAAUGUCACCGGGAAUGUCAAUGGAAACGGCACCAGGAACAGCACCGGGAGCGUCAUCGGGAGCAGCCCCGGGCCUGUCGGCCCCCCCGGUAGCGGGGGUGUCGUGGCGGGCGUGGGGUUCCCCGUGGAGUUCAGCUCCUCCUCGUCGGAGGAGGAGGUGCUGGUGAGCAGGCUGAAGCACCAGAGUCUGACUCCUAUGGCCGUGGUGAAGGGAGGCGUGCUGGUGGACAAGCGCUACUCCUCCUCCUCCUCCUCCCUGUCCGUGGGUGGCUCCGCCUCCUCCGCCAGCAGCUAUGAGCGCACCGGUCGCGACGCCAGCGGCCGCAUUCUACUGGCCACCCCCAUCGAGAUCUGCGUUUAACGAUGGGGUUGUUUGGUUUAGUGUGUGGUGUUUAGGGCGAUGUCACGUGCACUCACACAUGCACGCACGCGGAGGCAUGCACGCCGCCCAGCGCUGGAGUCUGACGAAGAGGAGGAGGAUGAUGAUGUUUUGCCAUUUAGGAAGAGAGGACACCAGUGCAGGCAUUCCGGUUGCCAGGGUUACGGAGCUUCGGAGCAGCUACGGCCACGCCCUUCUUCAUAUUGACAAAGUUUGUCGUUCAUCGAUCGUUUCCGAUAUCGAUCGAGAGAACGAGUCUUUGCGGUGCUGUACAGAGAAGAACGAAGAGACAAUCCACCGAGAGAUGUGAAUAAACACUUUACUGACAGCGAACUUACAGCCAAUCACUGAGACUGAGAGAGAACGAGACCAGCCUGGGUUCAACAGAACCUCAGCAGCGAUGCAGCAACAUUCUGUGACGACAUCAACAUGUAGACCUGUCUGUAUGCAUCAGGCCUCCAGUUUUGUACAACUCAUGUAGGCCGACACAGAGGUACAUUCUGGUUACCAGUAGUGACAGAAGAGACUAUGGGUUGUACAAAUUAGAACAUACACAUUUUUGUUAAUUUUUUUUAAUUGCUUAUGAUUUUUCUUUUUUACGUAAAUGGUGUUUUGUUAUCGUUGUCAUUAUCAUUCGUGUUUGGAUGGAAUUGUUCAUUUGAGUAAAAGUCAAAUAUAAUUAAAUGGGUUUUAUUGAG